UUGGUUUAUUUUUAGCCAGAACCGAAAGUUCCUCCAAGACUCCGUCAAGUUUUUCUUCGCCGUGGCUUUGCCUGCUGUCCUGACUCUGACUUUCCCUCUCCUCCCUCUGCCUGUCGCUCUCUCACUCUCUGCUGGAGGGAGGGGGGGACAGAAGUUAGCUACCCUCUGCUCCGUUUUUGUUCUGGAACCGGAGCGGAACAGAGAAGGGCGUGAGGCGGUGUUCGGUAUGGCGGGAGGCUCAAGCGGCGUCUCAUUUCUCGGGGUUUUGCUGCUCGCUGCGAUUCUGGUGCAGACCGUGGCCGUUACUGUCACCGUGCUAUACUUCACUAACGUCCUCAACACGAUGAAGGAGAUGUUUGCAAGGAGCAGUGUGUCGUGUCUGACACGGGCCGACCUCAGAGGGGGAUACAUACGCUCCUCCACCGAGGGGAGAGGAGACCCCUGCUGGCAGGUCACACAGCAACUACACAUCCUCAUAGAGAAGUCUUUGUCUCAGCGAUAUCAGAGGGAGAUCUCCUCAGCAGUUAGAGCUCUCUCUCUGUCAGAUGAGGUGUCCAGGGUGUUGCCCUCACUGGUGAUGGAGGACCGGGCUCCUUCUCGCCCCAAAGUCGCCGCCCACGUCACUGGCAGCUUGGCUCCCAAAGCAGAGAGGGAGGGAGGAAGUUCUCCGGGGCGACGUGUGCAGGGGCAGAAGAUCUCGUGGUGGGAGGGGCAUAAAGGGCUGGCAUUCCUUCAGGAAGUCAGAUUGGUUGACGGGGAGCUGGUGGUACCUCGCCCAGGACUCUAUUAUAUCUAUGCCCAGACCUACUUCAGACACACCCACCCCGAGGGAGAGGAGGGGGAGGAAGAGGAGGAGGAGCAGAGGGGGAGACCCAUGCUGCAGUAUGUCUAUAAGAAAGUUUCCUCCUACCCGGUACCCAUCCUGCUGAUGAAGACAAGCAGGACCUCCUGCUGGUCCCGGGACUCCCAGUUCUCUCUGCACUCCGCCCACCAGGGGGGGCUGUUCCCAUUGGCUGCCGGAGAUCACCUCCUCGUCACCGUUAGCAAUGCCUCCGCCAUCGACAUGGAUGAGAGGAGCAGCUUCUUCGGGGCUUUCCUGGUCAGCUAGAGGUCAGGGGUUCGUCUGUAUGGUGACUCAGAGGGCUGGAACCUGGGAUACACACUGUUUGGGAGCCAUGUAUGUGUACUGACAGACAAAUAAUUUGAGAGCUGUGUGUGUGUUGUACAAAGCUUUAAGCUCUGUGACUGUGCUGGACAUGUGAGCGGAGCUUGUGUGGUUAUCCAAUCAUCUUCCACCCUGGUGCCUAGGAUCCAGCCUUCGCUCAUGGCUCAUCCAAUGAGCUGUGUCCAAGGCCAGCAGGCCUGUGUUGAUUGGAUGAAAAGCAGCUGAGUGGCGUGAGGUAGGGGUUCAACGUCUGCUUUAUAACUUCAUUGGACAAAUGACCAAUAAUCAACCAAUGAAAAGUGAAGGGAUGAUUGUGAAUAAGUCUUAAUACUCUUUUCAUCCAUCCUAAAAGGAUGAGUCUCCUUCUCCUGUUUGUAUGAACUCAGAGAUGAUUUUAAUGUAAAUAUGAACGUGGGGUGUUUUGGUGUUGUGGUUCUGUGUUAUAACUGUAUGGACAUUGAAUGUUGUUUGAUUGUA